CCAUGGUGCGGGGAGCGACACCGGGAGCCCGGGCGUGAAGCCGGGGAAGAGAGAGACUGCGAGAGGCGAGGCGAGGCCAUCCCGGCGGGGACAUGCGGCGCUCCGCCGCGAUCCUCCUACUGCCGGCCCUGCUCUGCGGGCUGACUUUGGGUCGUGUGGUAAAAGUUCCGACCGGUCCCUUGUACCGUGUGGUGAAAACGCCCGUCAGUGUUCCCUGCAAUGUCAGCGCCUACGAAGGGCCCUCGGAGCAAAAUUUCGAUUGGUUUGUGUUCCGCAACGGCGGAUUGGUGAAGGUGAUCAGUACGUUGGAAGUCGAGUUUUCCGAUGCCGAGUACAAGGACAAAGUAGCGGCCGGUGACAUUUGGGUGGAGAGGCUGGGUGACAGCUCUGUUGAGCUGCGCUUCAGAAGUGUAAAGUUCGAGGAUGAGGGGAGAUAUGAUUGCCAAACUCCCAGUACAGACGAAAACAGUAGAGGAAAUUAUGAAGCCCGUGUGAGUUUAAAGGUGAUUCCUGAUAAACUCGCUGUGCUGCCUGCAAAGUCCAGAAGCCUAACCAACACAAACCACACAGAAGGGACGCCAAUGGAGAUUGAGUGUGUUGCAUCAACGUCAACAUCGUCAACAGUUUCCACCCAUCUCUCUGUCACGUGGCAGUUGACCAAAAACGGAGGUGGUCCAGAGGACAUCCUGUCCUUCACUGCAGAUGAUCAGUUACUGCCCGGGGCUUCGUACACCGAUCGAUAUUGGCACGGCGACGUUAGGAUGAACUUGGAGGGAAACGGCGUCUUCAGACUCGUCGUUGACCACUUGCUGCUGGAGGACAGUGGUGUCUACUCUUGUGUGGCAGCCGAGUGGGUCAAAGAAGAUGGCUUCAACUGGAAGAAGCUCCAUGAGAAAGAGGCAACCAUCAAAACCAUCAGAGUUCAGCCAUUAGCCCAGACUCUAAACGUCUCUGCAAGCGGAGGGACCCUCAUGUUGAACAAAGGUGACGAGAUUGAUCUUGUUUGCAGUGUAACUGGUGCCGAUGACUUCAGUGUUGAGGUUGGCUGGUAUUUCAGCACAUCUCUGCCGACGGAUACUCAAAGCAGCAAACUUCUGGUGCACAUGAACCUUGCAGCCAUCGUCAACAACUCGGACUUUGUCACGUUAAACAGGAUUAGCGGCAGCGAAUACAGACUGAGAGUGCAACAAGCCGACGAAGGAGACAGUGGAUAUUACUACUGUGCUGCCUCUGUUUGGGUCCCACAUACCAAUGGGUUAAAGCGCAACGCAGCAGCGAAGACCUCCGAUCCUCUCCACGUCACUGUGACACUUCUAGAUCCCACGUACACCGUUCUCUCCAGAUCCCUGAGGAUGCCCAAUUCCUCAGGGGACGCAGCGGAACUUGAGUGCGAAGUGUUGGACUUGCACAACGCUGAUGAAGCCAAGUUAACCGUGGCCUGGACCUUCAAGCCGAGCGUGUCCAAUGGAGUUGCUGGUGAGAGCGGGCUGAUAGCGGAGAUGGAUCAAGAUUGGACUCUGAAACUGAACCCUCGCUAUAACGAGCGAGCCCAAAAGGGAGAGAUAACCUUUACCAAACCCAUGCCACAUACGUUCAAGUUUCAGAUGCAGCAUGCAUCUGUCUCUGACAGAGGGGAAUAUUUCUGCAACAUUUCUGCCUGGGUUAAACAACGAGGAAACACGUGGAUGAAAAAACAGGAAAUACUUUCCUCUGCUAUUGUUAUGGUCUGGAAAACUGAAGACCCAGGGCUCAGUGUCAUGGCAACUGAGGAGAAGCCAGCAGCUGCGAUGGGACACACGUUUGAAAUGAUGUGCAGCGUUUCAGCAGAGCACAUGGCGGUCCCCUACUACUCCGUGGUGGUAGUGAUGAACGAGCCGGCCUCCAUCGACAGCAAGAGGCUUAUCUCACUGACGCGGGAGUCGGUGGUGAAACUGGAGCAGUGGGAUGUCAAGGACCGGCCGGAAGACAUUAUCCUGGAGAAGGUCAGCGACCAGGAAUUCCGAUUCCGUCUGUACAGGACUCAGUUUUCCGACCAGGGCUCGUAUUACUGUCUGGUCCAGGCGUGGAUACAAGACCACAAUGGAUUGUGGGCCGAGGCUGUCUCCAAUAACUCAAACCCCAUUGCCGUCGCCUUUACAACAGCAGCUCCUAGGUUUAAUGUGACUUUGGAGUCAAAGAGACCUCAUGUGCACCAAGGAGAGACGUUGGAAAUGUACUGCGUGGUUGAUCUGCUGGAUAUACCAAGCACCUCGGAUGUUUUGUAUGAAGUGGAAUGGUACUUCCAAGGAAUUCAUUUUAAUGCCACACUGAGUCCUUUGGUGAUGGUGGAUCGGGGAUCAGUAGUCACCUACCAGGAAGACUUUGGGACGCGUGGAAUCAGCGUUGAACGAGUUAGCACGCACAGCUUCCGACUGCGAGCCCACUGUGUGGACCGUGGCUUCACUGGAGAUUAUUUUUGCAAAGUGACGCCCUGGAUUAAAUAUGAGGCUGAAAAAUGGGUCCAAAUCCCUCCACAGGAAUCCGCUCAGCUUUCCAUGCGCAUCGAUAUUUCAGUGCUAGACUCCUUCAAGAUGCCGCUCUUGUACGGAGUAGUCAGUGCCUUACUGGUUGGAAUUCUCGCCUGCACCAUCGGUUAUUGUGCCUUCCCAAAGCCUCAAAGAAGGAGGACUGCACCCCUGGACGAGAGACGUGGGUUACUCCACAAAUGCCUGAGCUGAGACGACCUCCAGCCACGUUCACCACCAACGAUUGAACGAACCACUCAAACUACCUGUACUCUGACACUUGGGGGAGGACAAGCAAAGCCGGAUCUUUUAGAUAUUUACCACGCGCAGUGAUUUGUAAUUUAAAACAAAAAGCCAUGUUCAUUUUCUUUGCGUGGAGUAAAAAAUAUUUUGGGAAUGUCA